CAAAAAAAUGCAACAAUUCAUGUAUUUUAAAAAACAAAAUUCAAAUUUAUUUUAUUAUAAAAUAAAAUAAUAAAAUAACAUUAAAAUUAUUAUUCAAAAACUGUUACUGUUAUUGUUAACAAACACAAAGAAACUAAACAUAAAUCAUAAUUGUUAAAUAUUCUAUAUGGCGCAUAUUGUAAAGGACCUGCAUGCAAAUAGCCAUUAUUAACGUUAUUAUUAUAAGUUAUGUGUUAAAUAUACCUACAUUGAAUUAUAACGGUGUAUUGAAUUAUUGGUAAGCAAAAGUCAAAAAUAAAAAAAAAGAGAAUUUUUAUGACAUAUAAAAUAUACAAAAUAAUAAAAUAAAAGAGAAACAUAUAAUAAGAAUAACAAAUAAAAAAAAAAAGAGAGAGAAAAACAAAAAAAAUUAAACAAAGUACGAAAAUAUUCCGAAAAUUUUUUCUGCCAUUUAUGAUUUAUAGAUACAGUGGGAGAAUAAAUUGUCCAUUAUGGAUUUGAUAACCGCAAAAACAAUUACUCGGAUAUUUUGGAUUGCAAUAAAUCUGUCAUGUUUAACGAUUGCUCUGAAAGAUGUUCGAGUAACGGUCCCAGCAGCUGUUAAACGUGGUGAUAAUGCCAACUUAACAUGUCAUUAUGAUUUGGAAAAUGAUACUUUGUACUCAAUUAAAUGGUAUAAGGGUAAAAGAGAAUUUUACCGUUAUACACCAAAAGAAGAUAUUCCCAUGAAAGUAUUUACAGUUACCGGAAUAAAUGUAGAGCGGUCAAUGUCGAACGCAUCAAAUGUUAUGCUAAUAUCGAUGGAACCGAAUUCAAAUGGAAAAUAUAGUUGUGAAGUAUCAGCUGAUGCACCAACAUUUCAUACAAGUAUUGUUUCAGGCGAAUUGGAAGUUGUUGAUCUACCAAAAAUUCCUCCAAGAAUUGAUAUAGAUGAUAAAAUUUACAGUAUUGGAAAUAUGUUAUUAGCUAAUUGUACAGUUGAUAACAGUAAACCAUUGGCUAAUUUAACAUGGUUACUUAAUAAUAAUACACUGCGACCGCAUGAAAUUAUACGAUAUAAUAUUAUCGGUGAUUCAACAUUAAAUUCAACGACAUCUGUUUUAGGACUUAAAUUAGUUUUACAAUCAAAACAUUUUCGCUAUAAGAAUCUUAGGUUAUCAUGUAAAGCAACUAUUUAUAACAUAUAUGAAAAUACUACUGAAAAAAUUUUAGAAUUAAAUACAACAAGUAAUCAAAUCUAUACAGAUGAUUUUAUAACAAUAGGAAGCAGUAGACAUACACAAUAUGAUGGAGAUUUUAAUGGUUACGGUGAUCCUUAUGAUAUUAGAAUGCAUCAUAUGCAAGCAUCACCGGACAGAUCAACAUCAGCGUCAUCGUGCUCUAAGUGCUGUUCAUCACUUUUGUUAUUUUUUUUGACAGCUACAACAUUAUAUAGUGGCAGCAGUAGCAAUAUUAAGAACAGUAAUAACAGUAGAACAAAAAAUAUCAAUAAUAACAGUGAUAAUAAUAAUAAUGAGAAUAACAAUAAUAAUGACGACGACAGCAUCAGAAAUAGUAAUAAUAAAAUCAAUACAAGUGACCGUCAUAUAAAAAUUAAUAAUACAACAAAUAUUAAUAAUAGCGGUAGAAGUAGAAAAAAUACUAGCAGUAGCAAUAGUAGUAAUAGAGGUAACAGCAGUUGUUAUGAUAUACGUAUUAAUCGUAAUAGCAAUCAAGACAACAACAAUCAUAAUAAUAAUAGUAAUGAUGAUGAUGAUAUUGAUGGUGAUUGCGAUACCAUACCAAAUCUUAUUGUAUUGAUAAUAUUAUUAAGGAUAUCAAAAUUAUUUUUAUCAAAAAUGUCACCAUCAUCUCUGUUGUUCGUAUUACGAAAUUGGUCAAAUGUUCAUUUAAAAGAAUUUAUCAAUAUCAAUGCUACUAUAAAAAAUAUGUUAAAGAAAAUGAAAAAUUAUAUAAAAAAAUAUAAUAUUCAAGUAUAUAAUAAUACUCGUAUAAGUAAAAUAACAAUACUAUCAUCACAAUCAUCAUUAUUACUAUUAUCAAUACUUUUAUUAUCAGAGAAAUAA